CACUGUGGCAAAACAUCUUGCAAUCGCCAAAAUCACGCGUCCCAUGCGCUGAAGCACUCGAACAUGAUAGUAGAAUUUCCACCUUGUCUUGCGCCACCCCUCGAUACAGGCCCGUCAUGGUGCUCUGUCGCAUUCGAUUGAACUGUCUGGAUCACUAUCAAGCAUACCCUGGACCCCUCGAUCCUCCACUAUGGGGUGAUCCAUCAUUGCUUUCGCAAAGGAAUCUUCCUCAAGUACCCGUCGUCCGAGUCUUUGGCGCCACCGAGACUGGACAGAAAGUGUGUUUACACAUCCACGGCGCAUUCCCGUACCUCUACCUCGAAUACAAUGGUCCGCUUGAUCGCACCUCGGUCGACGAAAACAUUGCAGCUCUACGACUGUCUAUAGAUCAUGCGCUCGCCGUGUCGUAUAGAAGAAAUAUCCAAGAUGGCAAAGCCGUCUUUGUCGCCCACAUAAGCCUUGUCAAAGGUGUACCCUACUUUGGCUAUCAUGUCGGAUACAAGUACUUCCUCAAGGUCUACCUCCUCAACCCGUCCAACAUGACUCGCCUGUCAGAUCUUCUACACCAAGGAGCCAUACUGAAACAAGUCUUCCAACCAUAUGAGAGUCACCUUCAAUUCCUUGCUCAAUGGAUGUGCGACUUCAACUUGUAUGGCUGUAACUACAUCGACACAGACAAUCCUUUCUUCCGCGAUCCAGUGCCUGCUGUCGAGGAUCUUGUCAACCCUCAUCACGAAUGGCAUGAUCGGUCAAUACCAGACGCUCAGCGUCUACAUCCGGACUCUUUUCCCCGUCAAAGCCACUGCAGUCUCGAAGUCGACAUCCGUGUACAAGAUAUUCUGAACCGGGAGGAAGUCAAGGAUAGAUCUCUGCACCAUGACUUUGUCGAACGUCUCAAUCACCUGGCUCCCGAGGAAAAGUUUGUACAAUCCAUGGCUGGCCUAUGGAGAGAUGAGACCAUCCGACGGAAGAAGCGUAUGGGUAUCUCAAACCCUGGUAGCAGCCCCUUCCCUCCCGAAGUCCUGGUCUCCAUGUCGCAUGAUCCAAGGAAUACUGAAAACGCUGGCUGGAUACACGAGGAAGAGUUUCGGAAACUUGUCGAAGAGAUUGCAAAGGAUGAACGCGACAGAAUGGGCGGAGACGCCCCAUCGUUCGACACAUUCGUUAAGCCUCGCGAGGAAGAGUUCCCGGUUCAGACCACUCUAGAGAGCGUGGAGGAGCUCUUUCACGAGAGGUGGCAGAUCACCUCCGCUGACGGGCCUGUAAACCUGACGCAGAAGCUGGCCAAUGAAAGUUUCGAUUUUGGAGAUGCACUUGUUGAUGAAGCAAGUAUUCUUCAGCUGGUAUCUGACGAGCCGUCCUACGAGUCUGACGAAGAGGUAGCACGCGAAAUUGCCUUGACUCAAGCUCAACAAUCUAAGCAAAACGCUGCACCCGAUGUCGAGGCUGACGACGAGACACGCCCUGAUGGGGAAGAUUAUGCCAAGCAGUUUUCGGAUCCUUUAGACUCAAUGUCUACUGUAUCAAUACCACGAACUUCUCAAUCGAUACGUGAUCACGAACCAGUUGCUCCACUAUCAGAAGCUCAGGCAGCCGGAACUCCACACGGAAAGAAGCGUCAGCUAACCAAUGGCGAGACUUCUGUCAAGAGACGUAAAGUCGUUGGCUUUGCAGAAGACCCUCAAGACAAGCCUGAAGAAGUCGCACAAGUCAAGCGCAAGAACUUCAAGGUCAAAGACUGCGCGACCGCAUCGCAAUUGAUGGCUGAUGGUGAUGAUGAGCAAGAAAGCGACUUGCUUCGUGACCUCCCCCCUGCAUCUACGCAGCUACCGAACAGUCAAGACAGCAGCCAGCGGAGAGUUUCUCAAUCAUAUCCGACCAUCAAGAAUCCACAUGAUCCUGAUACCAUGCUGCGUCUCAGUCAAAGAGACGAUUUACCGGGUGAGAGGAAUCCUGUCACGCCAGCCAAGUCGAGUCAGGCUCAUCGUCAUGAGCUGUCAUCUUCAAAUUGGGCUAGGUCAAAGUACACAGCAAACGCCACCCCUUCAAAGAAGGCUCCCAUAUCUCCGGCUGCUAGAAAGCUAGCAAGCACUUACUGCCAGAGCUUUGGAGAAGGCGCUAAUGGCGUUGUCAUCCUCGGUCAGACGCCGCCGAAGAGGGAGGAAGUCUCAGUUUCAAUGAUUGAACAUGGUGCGCCACCUGUCAUCUACCAAGACGCUUACUACAGCGAUGAGCAAGAUGUGCCAGAGCGUGCUCGAGAAUAUGCUGGACAGGAGUUCAAGCUUGAGAGUAACACUGUUCCAUUUCUUCCUGAUUUCGACGCCACUGGCGGAUCUGAUGCUUCUAGAGGAGCUAAGGUCCCCAUUGUACUAGACAAGGCAAAAGAAGAGCUUGAGCAUCAAGCUAGGAGGAAAGACUGCUUCCUUCAGCGCUGGGAGAUUGAAGCUCGUCCUCCAUCAUUCUUGGAAGUUCAAGACUGGAUGCAAGCCUCACGUCUAACUGUAGAGGAUGUUCCAGAUGAUGAUGAUGGUGAAGUGGACCAUCCCCUGUCACAACAAGACUUUCUUAAGCGGACCAAAACCAUGCUUUCGCAGAUCGAGGGCCCGACACAAAGGAAUAAGCAUGGCUUCAAGUUCUCUCAGAGGAAAAAGUUGACAAGCGUACAGCAUGAGGUACAAUACAUGUCUAUCAUGAGUCUUGAAGUGCAUGUUAACUCACGCGGCGAUCUCGCUCCUGAUCCUGAACACGAUGAGAUCUCUUGCAUUAUCUGGUCACUGAAAGCUGAUGAUGCUGAUCUCGUUGGCAAUGCGGGCCAUGACGAUAAAUAUGUUGGUAUGAUUGUGCUAUCAGGCGACGACGACUUGACUGAACGCAUGAGGAAGCAAGUAGGCGUCGACGUCGAAGAGGAAGACAAUGAACUUGACGUCCUCAACCGACUUGUGGACAUUGUACGCGAAUAUGACCCUGAUAUCCUUACUGGCUACGAAGUACACAACACUUCGUGGGGCUACCUCAUUGAACGUGCUCGUCUUCAGUACGAGUUCAACCUCUGCGAAGAGCUUUCUCGUGUCAGAUCACAGUCUCAUAGUCGCUUCGGCAAAGAUGCAGACAAGUGGGGCUUUGAGCAUACAUCAACGAUCCGCAUUACUGGCAGACACAUGAUCAACAUCUGGCGUGCUAUGCGAGGUGAGCUCAACCUGCUGCAGUACACCAUGGAGAACGUCGUGUUUCACCUUCUUCACAAGCGCAUCCCGCAUUACUCGUUUGCAGACCUGACGACAUGGUACAAAAGCUCGAAGCCUCGAGAUCUAGCCAAAGCUCUAGACUAUUUCAUUACUCGUGUCCAGCUCGACUUGGAGAUUCUGGAUGCAAACGAGCUUGUUCCUCGUACUUCUGAACAAGCUCGUUUGCUUGGUGUCGACUUCUUCAGCGUCUUUAGUCGAGGCUCUCAAUUCAAGGUCGAGUCACUGAUGUUCCGUAUUGCCAAGCCCGAGUCUUUCGUCCUCGUUUCUCCUAGUCGAAAGCAAGUCGGUCAACAGAAUGCUCUGGAAUGUCUACCGCUGGUCAUGGAGCCACAGAGUGCUUUCUACAACAGCCCUCUGCUGGUUUUGGACUUCCAAAGUCUGUACCCUAGUGUUAUGAUUGCUUACAACUAUUGCUAUUCUACAUGUCUCGGCCGCAUUACAGCCUGGCGAGGUCAGAACAAGAUGGGAUUCACCGACUUCAAACGCGAACCUGGAUUACUUGAUCUAGUCAAAGACAAACUCAACAUCUCUCCAAAUGGUAUGAUGUACGUCAAGCCAGAGAUGCGCAAAUCACUGCUCGCGAAGAUGUUGGGUGAAAUUCUCGAAACCAGAGUGAUGGUCAAAUCAGGCAUGAAGGUCGACAAAGACGACAAGACAUUGCAGCAGCUUCUCAACAACAGACAACUUGCGCUCAAACUCAUUGCCAAUGUCACUUACGGCUACACAUCUGCCUCCUUCUCUGGUCGUAUGCCAUGUUCCGAGAUCGCCGACUCAAUUGUUCAGACUGGCAGAGAAACACUGGAGAAAGCUAUCGCACUCAUCCACUCCGUAUCAAAAUGGGGCGCCGAAGUCGUCUAUGGCGACACUGACUCUUUAUUUGUCUACCUUAAAGGACGUUCAAAGGACGAAGCUUUCAAGAUUGGCGACGAGAUAGCGAAAGCAGUCACCGAUAUGAACCCUCGACCCAUCAAACUGAAAUUUGAGAAAGUCUACCACCCUUGUGUCCUCUUGGCGAAAAAGCGCUACGUCGGCUUCAAGUACGAACAUCCUUCGCAAACAGAACCUGAUUUCGACGCCAAAGGUAUUGAGACAGUCCGCAGAGACGGCACGCCCGCGGAACAAAAAAUCGAGGAAAAGGCAUUGAAGUUGCUGUUCCGCACGGCAGACUUAUCUCAGGUGAAAGCUUACUUCCAAUCUCAAUGCCAUAAAAUUCAACUCGGCAAAUUCAGCAUUCAAGACUUCUGUUUCGCCAGAGAAGUCAAGCUGGGCAGUUACUCAGACAAAGGACCUGCACCCCCAGGCGCCCUCAUUGCAACGAAGAGAAUGCUCAAAGAUCCUCGCCAGGAACCACAGUAUGGCGAACGUGUACCUUACGUCGUUAUCGCAGGUGGUCCUGGAGCUAGACUUUUCGAACGUUGCGUCGAACCUGAACGGUUGCUCUUCGACGAACACGCCGAGCUGGACGCUGAAUACUACAUUUCCAAAAACCUCAUUCCACCGCUAGAGCGUAUUUUCAAUCUCGUAGGCGCAAAUGUCCGCGCUUGGUGGGAUGAAAUGCCUAAAGUCCAACGCGUACGAAACAUUGGCGGUGGAGGGAGCAAAGCAGGGGGUACCCACAAGACCAUGGAAUCAUACAUGGCCACCUCCACCUGCGUAGUCUGCCGCGUCAAACUCGCCCCCAUAGCUCCAAUACCCGGUCAAAUCGUCCUACCUCUGUGCUCCAAAUGUGCGAAGACGCCGGCAUUGACGCUUUCGAUUCUAAGAGCAAAAUUGCAAGCGGCGCAUAGCAAGAAAACGGAUUUGGACAGAGUGUGUAGGAGUUGUGCUGAUGUACCCAUGGGCGAUGAGGUGAAGUGCGACAGUAGGGAUUGUCCUGUCUUUUAUUCUAGAAUUAAAGCUGGGGCGAAGGUCAAGGCGUUGAGUGGAAGGUUGGAAGGUGUUAUUGAGGCUGUGGAAAAGCAGGAAGAGAAGAGGUUCAGGGAGUUGGAGUGGUAAACAUGGGGUUUUGUAGGUUCUUCGAAGAAUUUCCACCCUCAUACAGUCAAUAUCAUUGCUGUCCCAUUGGCUGCGCUAUUUCGCAUCGCUUCUAGCCUUGCUGCGACAUGAUGCGUGCGCGAUUUCAUUACCACGGUCUAAACACC